CUCUCUCUCGCUCUCUCUCUCUCUCUCUCUCUCGCGCUCUCUCUAACAAUUACAGACGAGCGCUCUCCGCAAUACACUCUCAUAAUCAACCAGUCAAGCGUUUUUUUAAUUGAUAUUUAGUUCUUGAUUUUGCUGUCGAUAUUCUAUUAUUGUGGAUCUUGCGAGUUUCUUUAAUUUCAGUUUUGCAGGGUUUUUAAUUUGUGAUCUGUUUAUCUUUCUCUGUUAUUUUUGUUGGAAUUGUUUGUGUUCUUGUUUUUUGGGAAAUUAACGCUAUGGAUGCAGGAUCUUUGAGUUCUUCUAACGCUAAUCGAUCGCGCUGUCCACUGCAAGAACAGCAUCUCCACAAAAAGCAUAACCGAGAAAAUUUGGAUAGGUUUAUUCCGAAUCGAUCGGCGAUGGAUUUCGAUUAUGCGCACUACAUGGUGACUGAGGGGAGGAAAGGUAAGGAAAACCCUACGUUUAGUUCGCCCUCUAAGGAGGCUUAUCAGAAGCGUUUGGCUGAGACAUUGAACAUGAAUCGAACUCGAAUCCUCGCUUUCAAGAACAAACCUCCCGCGCCAGUUGAGAUGAUCCCUAAGGAGUUCUUCUCCUCUGCUUCUCAUGAUAAACCCGUCAAGGCCCGCCGCCAAAUUCCCCAGACUUCUGAAAGGACAUUGGAUGCUCCUGAUCUUGUUGAUGAUUACUACUUGAACUUGCUGGAUUGGGGCAGCAGCAACGUGCUUGCUAUAGCUCUUUCCAACACCGUGUACUUGUGGAAUGCAAACGAUGGCUCUACUUCAGAACUUGUAACGAUUGAUGAUGAAGUCGGUCCUGUGACAAGUGUAAAUUGGGCGCCCGAUGGACGGCAUAUUGCUAUUGGGUUGAACAAUUCUGAAGUACAAUUGUGGGAUUCGACCGCCAAUCGACAGCUAAGAACUCUGAGAGGUGGGCACAGGAUGCGUGUGGGUUCACUGGCAUGGAACAACCACAUUCUCACAACUGGAGGAAUGGAUGGGAGGAUCUUGAAUAACGAUGUGAGAAUUAGAGAUCAUAUAGUGGAAACAUACAGAGGUCAUGAUCAAGAGGUCUGUGGAUUGAAGUGGUCAUUAUCAGGGCAACAGUUAGCAAGUGGAGGGAAUGACAAUGUCCUCCAAAUCUGGGAUAGAUCAAUGGCCUCUUCAAACUCAGCAACCCAAUAUCUUCACAGACUUGAAGAUCAUACCUCUGCAGUCAAGGCCCUUGCUUGGUGUCCAUUCCAAGGCAACCUGCUCGCAUCAGGUGGAGGCGCGGGUGAUCGCUCCAUUAAGUUUUGGAACACCCACACUGGCACAUGUUUGAACUCUGUUGACACUGGUUCUCAAGUUUGUGCUUUACUGUGGAAUAAAAACGAGAGGGAGCUGCUUAGCUCUCAUGGGUUCUCCCAGAACCAACUCACUCUAUGGAAAUACCCUUCAAUGGUGAAGAUGGGAGAGCUCACUGGUCAUACAUCAAGGGUUCUCUAUAUGGCUCAGAGUCCAGAUGGGUGCACUGUGGCUUCGGCGGCAGCAGAUGAGACAUUGAGAUUCUGGCAUGCGUUUGGGACUCCAGAAGUGGCUAAACCUGCUCCAAAAUCCUCUAUUACAGAGCCCUUUGCUCACCUCAAUCGCAUUCGAUAAAUUUGUGGUGGUGUGCAGUCUUAUACAGAUUGUAAAUAGAUACAUACUAUACAGACAUACUCUAUAUUUCUUGUUUUUGUGUACAUUGUGCUGUGUUAUACAGAUACAGAUGUGUUGGAAUCAUUGUUCCAACAUUUUGUUGUGUUUA